AUUAUACUGUCGAGUUUUCCUUACAUAAUUUUAAAAAUUGCUGAAUAUUUGUCUGCUGCAGAUUUUUAAUAAUAAUAAUUGUGAUAUGUGGAAUUAGUACUUAAUUAAAAAAAUAUAUUAUAUAUCGUAACUUGUGAAGACAAUAAGAAAUUUGCAUAACUUCAAUUAGUCAUAGCAAAAAUCGAAAGGAAACUUCGGAAAAUUCGAAAAAAUAUAUCCAGAAUAAAGGAAAAUUGUGAAAAAUCAUGAUGCUGAAUUUGAGAAAAUUUUUGGUAAUCAAGAACUUGAGUGUUCGUGGGAUCCAAUCAGUGGUUCCAGACAGCAAUUUAAAAGAUUUCACUGUCGUGAAUGAGCCAAUUUUAAGCUAUAAGAAAGGAUCUAAAGAGAGAAAAGAAUUGGAAGCUGCAUUGAAUGAAGCUAAAUCAAAUAUUGUGGAUGUUCCAAUUAUGAUUGCAGGAGAAGAAAUUCGUACGAAUGAAGCUAGAUUUCAAGUUAUGCCACAUGAUCAUCAACAUCAAAUUGCUCGAUUCUAUUAUGCUGACGAGAAGCUCCUUCAAAAAGCAAUUGGUAAAUGCACAGAAGCACAGCAGAAAUGGGAUAAGACACCAUUAAAGGAACGAGUUGAAAUUUGGGAUAGAGCAGCUGAUUUGAUGGCUGGAAAAUAUCGACAGCGUUUGAAUGCAGCAACAAUGCUAGGCCAAUCAAAAACAACAAUUCAAGCUGAAAUUGACAGCGCAGCAGAACUGAUUGAUUUUGUUCGUUUUAAUGUUUUCUUCUUGAAGGAAAAUGCAAAAUUCCAGCCAAUUAGUGAGGAUAUUAAGGUCACUAAGAAUUCCGUACGUUUUCGAGGAAUUGAUGGUUUCGUUGCUGCUGUCAGUCCAUUUAAUUUCACUGCAAUUGGUGGUAAUUUAUCAUACACCCCUGCUUUAAUGGGUAAUUCAGUUUUAUGGAAGCCCUCAGAUACAGCAAUUUUAUCAAAUUGGGCAAUUUAUGAAAUUAUGCGCGAAGCAGGCGUUCCAGAAGGUGUUGUAAACUUUGUUCCUGCAGACGGGCCCGUAUUCGGUGAUACAAUAACAAAAUCGCCUUACUUAGCUGGAAUCAAUUUUACCGGCUCUGUUCCCACCUUUAAUCGUUUAUGGAAACAAGUCGGUGAAAAUAUCAACAACUAUAAAAAUUAUCCAAAACUGAUAGGAGAAUGUGGAGGUAAAAAUUAUCAUUUUGUACAUCCAUCAGCAGACAUUGAGAGUGUCGUGACUGGAACAAUUCGUUCAUCUUUCGAAUAUUGUGGACAAAAAUGUUCAGCAUGUUCACGCGCAUAUAUUCCCGAGUCAUUAUGGCCAAAGAUUAAGGAAGGAUUACUUUGUGAACGUUCUAAAUUAAAAGUUGGUGAUGUUAGUGAAUUUUCAACAUUUAUGGGUGCUGUAAUAGAUGAAAAAGCAUUUAAACGUAUUUCUUCGUAUAUUGAACAUGCCAAGGCUUCACCAAAUUUAGAAAUUAUUGGAGGUGGUGGAUAUGAUUGCAGUAAAGGCUAUUUUAUUGAGCCUACGAUUGUUCAGACAAAAGAUCCAUUGGAUAAAAUUAUGGUUGAGGAAAUUUUCGGACCAUUAUUGACAAUUUAUGUUUAUGCUGACAAAGAUCUUGAUGCUACAAUGAAACUUGUUGGAAGCUCGACACAAUUCGCAUUAACAGGUGCUGUAUUUUCUACUAAUGAAUCAUUCUUAAAGCGUGCUCUUGAGGAAUUCAAGAUGACUGCUGGAAACUUUUAUAUAAAUGAUAAAUCAACUGGAAGUGUUGUUGGACAGCAGCCAUUUGGUGGCUCGAGAAUGAGUGGAACUAAUGAUAAGGCAGGAGGUCCACAAUAUGUCACAAGAUGGUCUACAGUUCAGUCAAUUAAAGAGACUUUUGUUCCAUUACGUGAUAUCGAUUAUCCAUACAUGCGUGAAUAAAAAGGUUGGCACAUCAUAACUCUAUUUAAGUAUUAAGCUCGAUAUACUUUAAAUCCCCAAAAUGUUCUACUCAUAACGAAGCAUAUAUAAACAGCUAGAUUCUACGAAUUAAUGUCCCGUGAAUCCUUUAUCUGCAUUUUUUUGUUCCCGAAAAAGAAAAAAAAAAUAUCAAAGAGAAUUUACUAAUUCAUGUGCUACUUAUUCUGCCAUACUCGAUA